AGAGCAAGAGAGCGAGAAUGCAGUGGUAAAAGACGAUUGGUUUUCUACGGCUUCCAGAAAGGCAUCCGCUGUCCUUCGCUUUUCCUGUGCCGACUGUAUUGCAGAAUGAAGGCAAAUGAACAUGCUUUCUUUCUGCCACUGGACUGACAUUAACUGUAAAUUUCCAGCAUCUGAUGCCUUGGCUUGCAGUUAGAAACCUUUUUUUCUCUCCGUACAAUUUUUUCCCAAACAAACGGUCUCCCUGUUCUGAAUCAGGUUGGCUUUCAUUGUCUUCUAUUUGCAGCUUGCGUAUGGACACAGAAGACCAAUCACAUAAUGCGGAUUACGCGACACAAUCACUUGCCAAUCCGUCAAUUGAGCAAACAUUUGCUAUACAACAAAACAUUGAUCUGGAGGAAUUAAAGCGCCCAACCGGGGAAAUAAACAGGUGGAACAGAGACACAUGGCAAGGACUCUUUCGAGACUAACAGAAAUUUCCUUUAAAUGUGGAUGGACAGCAAAGGAUUUUCCUCAAUUUUAUUCAUACCUCAGAAUGCAUAAUUCCGAGGUCUAGACCAUACUGUAACCUACUGUCUGAAAAUCCCAGACGGUGAAUUGCACUUCCACAAAUCAAAAAGGGAAGGAGGGAUCUGAUGCACACCAUUUGAGGAAGAAGCUUCUGUACAUGAACCAGGAUAUAUGCAAGAUAUAUACAUUAUGUUCCUUGCAUUGAUCUGAAGGACUAAGCCUCCUUUGCUGAGUUUUGUAACAUCAAAUCUACUUUUUUAAUGUUCUCUGCUAUUUCAGGUAGUAGUUAUUCAUGAUGUGCUCUAAAAAGCUAAAAGACUGUAUUUGAGUAAGCUAUACAUGUAAAAAAAAAAGAGUUUUGGUUUUUUUUUGCUUUGGUUUCUUAAUGGUCACCUAGAUAUUUGAUGGCCUAUACUUGCUUUACCUAUUGGGUGCAUCUGGUAGAUCUGCUUCGUGUUGACUUUACUAUCUCUCAGUUCACUGUAUGACUGUAUUUGCUUAAAGGGCUCUAAGACUCCACUACCAUCCCCAUGAGCCACUCAGGCACUUUGCAGCGACGAACCACCUACCUCAUCUCCCUCACUCUGGUCAAGGUUGAGGCUGUAGGGACUGAUGAUGGGACUGAGCCAACAAAAACAUUGGCUCCAACCACAGCCCCAGCCCUUUCCCAGGGCCUGGAACAUGGAGCAAAAACAAGGGAGGAGUUACAGGUGGAAGACAUAAGCACAGCUCCAGAGAUUGAGAAGAGCCCUGGAUGUUUUGAGGAGCAGAAGGUUGAGGUUAGGGGAUGGAAGUCAAAUAAUGAGAUGAAACCUGGGAGCAAAUUUGGAUGUGCAGUCAGAGCUCCACCACCGAAAGCCAAAGGGAUAAGCUGCCCUCUUGUCCUAAGUAAUUACAAGGACAGAGAACUUCACAGAGAGAUUAGGGCAGAGUCUUCUGCUAAAAUUUCCCCUGAUAAUGAAGAGAAGAGAAGUGACAUAAAAAGAACAGAAACAUCUAAGCCUGAUAUUUACAAAACAGAAUUUUACACACAAACACCAGAAAAGGCCUCAGAUGUCGUUGUGUCUAAUGGGGCUUCGGUACGUUCCAGCCUCCCAGUCCAUCUCAGUCAACGUCCUGAAGCCCUGCUGAGAGCUGCAGUAACUAUGAAUCGUCGUGAGCUCAAAGAGGCCAGCAAGAGCAUCUCCUCAUCUGCCAAGAGCUUGGACUGUCAGGUCAGAGAGCACUCGCCCCCAGUGACAAUCACUAUGACAAUGGGACCAUAUCGGGCCUCUUGGUCUGAAAGUGAGGGGAGAGGCAUGUACCAACGUAUUGGCAUAGAGCCUUUAAUGGUUGCAAAAGAAGCAUAUACAGGACCUGGGCUUGUAGCUCUGGAUAGUCCUCAGGUGGAAAAGCUUAGAACAAUAUCAACCUCACUCCCAGCCCCUGCCACACGGCCACCAAUGAAACCACAGCGAAAAGGCAAGAGCCGUACACUGGAUAACAGUGACCUGCACUUGCUUUCAGAGGACCUGAAAAAAGGAAAGGAGGCCCAGGUUGGAGCCUCAGCUGGACAGCGUGCUUCUACCCAUGCCUCAGGAAAAGACCGAAAAAUGCUGAAGUUUAUCAGUGGCAUUUUCACGAAGAGUACCCAGUCUCCUGCAACACCAGCAGUCCCUGCCACUCCAAUCCCUCUUCACAGACCCAUGCAGAGAGGGUCCAGUGAGGAAGAAGCGGCCUGUGCUGCAAGCCAAGAAUGGAUGUUGAGUCACACCAUUCAAGAGCUGCAUCUGGGAAUUCUAGGCAGUCUGCGCAGUGGAAAAUCAUCAUUGGUGCAUCGUUACAUGACUGGCAGCUACCUGCCAUUUGAGAGUCCUGAAGGGGGCGUGUUUAAGAAGGAAGUGCUCAUUGAUGGACAGAGCCACAUCUUAUUUAUCAGAGAGGAGCCUAGCCUUCCAGAUGCACAGUUCUUCAGUUGGGUAGAUGGUGUGAUCCUCGUCUUCAGUCUGGAAAAUGAGAGCAGUUUUCUGGAAGUAUACAACAUCUAUAGGCAGCUGGGAAUUCAUUGCAAUAUUGCUGAACUCCCCUUCAUUGUAGUUGGCACUCAGGAUAAAAUAACAAGCACCAAUCCACGUGUAAUUGAUGAUGCUCGUGCCAGACAGCUAUGCUCAGAUGUCCACCGCUGCACCUACUAUGAGACCUGUGCCACCUAUGGUCUAAAUGUAAAUCGGGUGUUUACAGAAGCUGCACAGAAAAUAGUUACUAUGAAGAGGCAGUUGGCUCUCUAUGCUUCUUGCAAAUCUCUACCAAACUCUCCCAAUCACUCUGGUGUGUCCACCCCAGUCUCUGUAGCUUUUCCUGUACAAACCAGUAAUGGUGGUCAGAGCAGUGACUACUCAUCCCUGCCCUCCACCCCUGUGAUCGGUCAUAAGCAUGUUGGUGGAACAUCAGGAGGGGAGAAUCUGGGCACUGCUACCCCCAUAUGUCUGAGAAGUGGACAUGGGCGAACUUCACGAUUCACAGUUCGUCGGGGUAGUGACUCAGACAGGAGAAGUGUUGACAGCAAAGAUUUUGGCGUUGGGCAAGUAAUCCCAAUCAAGCAGAGUAUCCUGCUCAAACGCAGUGGGAAUUCCCUCAAACAGGAAUGGAAGAAGAAAUAUGUAACUUUGUCAAACAAUGGAAUGCUAUCAUAUCAUUCCAGUGUCAGUGACUAUAUGCAGAAUGUUCAUGGGAAAGAUAUAGACCUCCUGCAUGUGACAGUCAAGGUUCCAGGAAAGCGUCCCCCAAGGGCAGCCCCAGCAGCUGGACCACUGCCUGGACUGAAUGGACUAGGUCAAAACAGAUCAGGACCGGAGAUAACCAGUCCAGCUGCUGCCUUUCCAAGCAGUCUCUUAACUGUGGAGGAGGGUACAGGAGACAUUAACCCUGGAGGUCAUAGAGCUGCGCAGUGUACACCAUUUUCACUCCAUAGUAAAGUUCAGAGUAUUGAGAGUGAAGGAAUACUGGGUCAAUCACUGAUAAAAGACUCCAGUACAUCACCAAUGAUUGACAGGAAGAAGCAUCGGAGGAAGAAGAGUAUGAAUCAACGGGGGGACACUGUAGCAGGACCAGCUGAAGCCAAACGCAAAAUGUGGAAAUUAAAAAGCUUUGGUAGUUUAAGAAACAUAAACAAGACAGAUGAUGAGAACUGUGAAUUCCAGAUCGUUUCAAGCACAGGGCAGACAUGGCACUUUGAGGCACAGAGCCCAGAGGAACGUGAUGCUUGGGUGCAGGCCAUCGAGAGCCAGAUCCUUGCUAGUCUGCAGUCCUGUGAGAGCAGCAAAAACAAGGCAAGAAGGAACAGCCAGAGUGAGGCAUUUGCAAUUCAGGCCAUUCGUAAUGCUAAAGGAAACAGCUUCUGUGUGGACUGUGACGCUCCUAAUCCAACUUGGGCAAGUCUAAACCUUGGAGCACUGAUAUGUAUUGAGUGCUCAGGGAUCCACAGGAACCUGGGGACUCAUUUGUCCCGUGUGCGCUCACUGGACCUGGACGACUGGCCUUGCGAGCUUACUCUAGUGCUCAUGGCCAUUGGCAAUGAAAUGGCCAACAGCAUCUGGGAAAGUCGAACAAAAGGUCAUCACAAGCCUUGUCCUGAUGCCACACGGGAGGAACGGGAGUUAUGGAUUCGAGCCAAAUACGAGCAGAAACUCUUUGUGGCCCCACUCUCUGCAUUAAAUGAUGGCUCAGACUCCCUGUCUGUACGCCUCUGUAAGGCUGUGAUAGACAGGGACCUUCCCAAACUACUCUUCCUACUGGCACAUAGUAGUAAGGAAGAGAUUAAUGCUCCUCCUUCCUAUGUGAUGCGCUAUGGCAAUGGAGCACUCCAUGAAUCACACUCCGCCCUCCAUGCCGCUUGCUAUCUUGGAGAUGUUGUCAUGACACAAUUGUUAAUUUGGUAUGGUAGUGAUGUGAAGUGCAGAGACAGUCUCAGCCAGACGGCCCUUGCCCUUGCCCGGCGUGCUGGGAGUCAGGUGUGUGCAGACAUUCUCUUACAGUAUGGCUGCCCCAGUGAGAUCAGCCCCAUCACCUCCACCUCACCCACUAAUUCACCCUCUGGAGCCACUAGUCCCAGCCUCUCCCGCAACAGUAGCUGUGCAAGUCUUAGUCGAUCCAGCUCCAAAAGACCCAUGUCAUAAUGUUACCAGGUGUGGGAGUACGGAAGAGGGGUGCCAUACAAUACCACUCCUAGAGCAGCCUGACGUUAAGGGCACAAUGACAAUGUCCACUAGUAAUAGGUCAACACCCUUUGGUGCCCAUCCUAAACCACCUCCAUGCCAUCAGUAUUGUUAUCCUAAAUGUAAACAUUUGACACAUUGCCACACAAUUUGUGUAAUUGUAUUUGUUAAU